UUCACCAACCAAAUGUCGUUAACUCACGAUUCUCAACUAUUUAAUCUCAUCUAAUCCUUAUCUAAUCUCUUUUAAGUUAGAUAACCUCUUUUUACCCAAAACAAAAUAAUUAUAGUUUGAUUUCAAUGGCGCCCUCUUUCGCAAUCAACGGCGACUUUCCCGGCACCAGAGUCACUCCUCCUUCCCACACCGGCCGAUUCGCCGACGUCUACAGCGAGGUGCAAAACAGCCGCAUCGGCCACGCCCUUCCUCUCCCCUCCGUUCUAAAAACCCCUUUCGUCAUCGUCGACGGUCCCCAAAGCACCGCCGCUGGCAAUCCUGAUGAGAUCGCUAAACUGUUCCCGAACCUGUUCGGACAACCGUCGGCGAGUUUGGUGCCGAAUGAUUCUCCCCCGCUGCAUGCGAAUCGGAAGCUGAAGCUUGGCGUGGUUCUGUCCGGUGGUCAGGCUCCUGGCGGUCACAAUGUGAUUUCUGGAAUCUUCGAUUACCUGCAAGACAAAGCAGAAGGAAGCACAUUGUAUGGUUUCAGGGGCGGUCCAGCUGGCAUCAUGAAGUGCAAAUACGUUGAACUCACCUCAGACUAUAUUUAUCCGUAUAGAAAUCAGGGUGGUUUUGACAUGAUUCGUAGUGGGAGGGACAAGAUUGAAACUCCAGAGCAGUUUAAACAAGCUGAAGAAACAGUUCAGAAGCUAGACUUGGACGGCCUUGUUGUUAUUGGUGGAGAUGACUCAAACACAAAUGCAUGCCUACUUGCUGAGCAUUUCAGGAGUAAAAAUAUGAAAACUCGUGUGAUUGGGUGCCCUAAAACCAUUGAUGGUGAUUUGAAAUGCAAAGAAGUUCCCACAAGUUUUGGGUUUGAUACAGCAUGCAAGAUUUAUGCAGAAAUGAUUGGCAAUGUUAUGAUAGAUGCUCGAUCAACUGGAAAAUAUUACCAUUUUGUUCGGCUGAUGGGACGUGCAGCUUCACACAUUACACUGGAAUGUGCUUUGCAAACUCAUCCAAACAUUACUAUUAUUGGAGAAGAGGUUGCUGCAAAGAAGAUGACGCUGAAAGAUGUCACUGACUACAUUGUGGAUAUCGUUUCUAAAAGAGCAGAGGAUAAUUAUAACUAUGGGGUCAUUCUUAUCCCUGAAGGUCUAAUUGAUUUCAUACCAGAGGUACAACACCUUAUUGCAGAACUCAAUGAAAUUCUUGCCCAUGAUACUGUGGACGAGGGAGGGCUGUGGAAGAAGAAACUCACAGAUCAGUCAUUAAAUCUUUUUGAACUUUUACCUAAAGCAAUUCAAGAACAAUUAAUGCUUGAAAGAGAUCCUCAUGGAAAUGUUCAGGUUGCCAAAAUUGAAACAGAGAAAAUGCUUAUUCAAAUGGUUGAAACUGAGUUGGAAAAGAGAAAGCAACAAGGCACAUAUAAAGGGGGAUUUAAGGGGCAGUCCCACUUUUUCGGCUACGAAGGGAGAUGUGGCUUGCCAACUAAUUUUGAUUCUUCUUACUGCUAUGCAUUGGGUUAUGGCGCUGCUGCCCUCCUGCAAUUUGGGAAGACUGGAUUAAUAUCAUCAGUUGCGAAUUUGUGUGCUCCAGUUGAAGAGUGGACCGUUGGUGGAACUGCACUUACUUCACUGAUGGAUGUGGAGAGGAGACACGGUAAAUUCAAGCCUGUGAUCAAGAAGGCAAUGGUGGAGCUUGAUGGGGCACCCUUCCAAAAGUUUGCCUCCUUGCGGGAUGAGUGGGCCCUAAAAAAUCGCUACAUCAGUCCAGGUCCGAUUCAAUUCACUGGGCCAGGAUCAGAUGCUAUUAGUCAAACUUUACUCUUGGAGCUCGAUGCACAAGCUUAGACAUAUUGCGAGUCCUUUUUUGAUGGUGGCAAUUGAUGUUUUUCGGGAAGUACUGCAAAUAUAAUAGACCGGAGAUUAGUCAAGCGGUUGUGUUUUUCACUUUGGAACUUUUCUAUAGAAUAGUUUAUGCUUUAGUCGAUGUGUUUUAUUGUAAACUCCUGUUGCCUCGGCAUCAUCGACUUAUGUGUAUGUUUUUGGGAAUAUUUCGCUUCGUGAUAUUCUAGUUCAAAGUUUCAUUUGUCUCA